UUUCACUGCUGCAUCAGACCCACUUCCAGUCUUUCCUUUGUGUUGGCGGCGCGACGCCCCUUUCCCUGUCCAGUCCUGCGAUGAUAUGAGCUUGAACUAGCUUCGACGAAACGAACAUUCGCGCGAACCCGCACACACGCAAACAUGGCAACACUCGCACCUUUGGGCACCGGAACGCGUCCAUACCGGGAUUACCUGACACCCGCACUUCAUUCGAGGUUUAUCAGAGCUAGCAGAUACACAAUUCUGCUCUGUUACGCCAUUGCAUGCUGGCAAAGCAAGUGGGACAACUUCCUAUGGCUUUGGCUUCCUUUUGGCCCUACUGGCAUUCGGACCCUUCUUCUGUUCAUCCCCGCCCUUACCAUCUACCUGCUUCGAAUCGCACAAUGGCACGUGGGCCAGCGACAAACUUUGACACGCGCCGAAACGUUCCAGAAGUACUUCCUGAGGAAGAACACGAUACUCACGCUCGUCUUCUACGCAUUUUCUGCUUGGUUGUUCAAUGAAGUGUACGUAUGGUCACGCACGAUCGAGGAAAAGCUCAACUUCACCGAGCUCGGCCGCGCUCACGAGAGGCUGAAGUUGAAUGAGCGACCGCUAUACCUGCGCUUCUUAUUCAACACGCUGGCGGUCGCCCAGACUGGUGUGCAUCUGUGGAGGGACUACGACCACAUCGAUAUACCGGCCAUGCAGCCAAGGAAGUUUGAUGAAGCUAUUGCCGCGGACGCUCCGGUGAAGAGAGGACCCAGACCAAUCAAGGUGCUCGUGAAGCAACUGCGACCCAUGUCUCUCAACUCCGCGAGCCUGGCGUUGCUUGUCACCGUUGCUGGAUCGCUCGUCUACUUUAUUGGACCCCGCCAUCUGAUCUGGGAGUACUACUACAACUUCAGCCGCAACUUGAUCAGUCUGUCGAAAACCUCAAAGCCGACCGGGUUGGCUCCCUUUGCUCCGCUAGUCUCCAAGUUCGUCGUGGAGGGAACGCUUCUCGUGCUCUUGUGGGAGUUUGUCAACAAGGCUUUCGAUUCGUACAUUGCCCUGGAGCCAUUGAAGAAUAGCAAGCCCAUCACAAGCGACUCGAAGGACCCUAAUGGAACACUGAUAAACGGCUUGAAGGCAAAGAAGGACGCGCCCAAGUCUAUGGCAUUUUGGGAGCUUGCCCUGAUCACAGAAGCAUUCCCUGACCGUCGUAAGACUAUCUACGCCGAGAUGAGCCGCAAAAAAGCUCCAACUUUCCAGCAGAUUACCGACUUCUGUCUGGCGGAGGUCAAGCUGCUCAUUGAACGCCUGAAUGUUGGCCUUGACCCUACGUAUCAGCCAGCAGCGGCCUCUGCUGUACUGCAGCCCGCACCUUCCGUCAACCUCGCUCCCCAGAUCUCUCGACCCCUCAAGGACGACAAGCAGGUUGUGGCACUACCACCAAAGCCUAGUACAAAGUGGGAGCAUUUUGAAGCUGCCACGUCCGGUAUUGCCAGGUCGCACAGCUCCCCGGGCAACUCACAGCAGGCAUGGGGUCGUGAGGGAAUCAACAGAGGCCUACAUAGAGCCCAAGAAGGCGUCCAGCAAGCCGAAUCUGUUGCAUCAACCGCAUUCACGAAGAUCCUUGAAUCACCGUUCGGCUACGUUUUCAGCCACUCUCUGCCUCGCAGGGCGAAGCUCGUAGUUCUUGGUGCACCGUACUCGCGCAUCUCACUGAUCUGCAACGCCAUCACUGCACUCACAAACCUCGCUGUAUUUUCUAUCUCCGAGGACGCUAUCGGACGUUUCCACGAGAGUGUGCCAGCUAUUAUUCGCACUUUCACUCUUGCUAUAACUAAGAUCGACGCUUACAUGUCGAGCCUUCAGGUCCACUGGAGCGACAAAGAUACUUUGGGUAAGCCUGAGGCUGAGCGCAAGAAUGUUUCCGAAGUCGAUCAGGUCAGAGACUGUCUGCAGAAGGGAUUGCAGAACGUGCUCAACAGUUUCGACAAGUAUUUGGGUGGCAUGGGCAUGAGCAUGUUGGAGAUUUCGGAUGCCAACAAGGCGGCUGCUAUCACCAAGAUACCAGGGAUGAUACAGGCUGGAUGACGAGAUGCGGGUGCGGCACUGUGCAUGGUGUUAUACGUAUAUGAGCAUAUUGUGUCAAGAACGCAAAAUCGCAAGAUACCUGUUCAAAGAUUCUGUCAAACAAAUGUAUCCAUGAAGAGGC